AUGGGUUCAAGUCAUGAAAACCGACAGCUUGAGAAAUCAGGUCCGGCUAGAGUAUUGGCUUGUUAUGUUUACGCCGUAUUUGUUCCUAUGUUUGCAUUUGCCAUCGUUCAAACCCUGACCCUACCAUCUCAUCGAGAAGUUAAAUUCCUGCUGCAUAGAAUCGACCAUGGCCUCUACCUUCUCCACGGUCUCGAAUUGGUCAUGCCGGUAGCCUGGGUUCUGCUAGUUCUGGCAUUCAUUAUAUUCUUCCUUUUCGGGGCAAGAGAAUUGUAUCUUGCAGCCAUGGGGAUGCUGAAGCUAUCCCUGACCGCUAUUAUUUUGGCCGGGGUAGCGAUGCAGUCAAAAGUCCUCCCAAGCUCCUUUGGUGGUUGCAAUAGCUUAGCGACAAGUUGGCGUGAGGCCUUGCCAAUGGACAUGAGGGACUCUUCUACAGGCAGCGAAGCCUCGCUGCAUUCUGCCUGCAAGAAAAUGGUUGAGCAUUGGGCAUUCGCGGUUGCCGUGGUGAUUUUUUACAUUCCCUAUGCCUCACUCAUGAUCUUUCAUGGCGUUCGAGGAAUCUUGCAUCCCCGUCCGCGUCGUCGGUGGUCUUCUAAGACUAGUAGAUCUCUCAGAAUUCAAGCGGCAAUUUAUUUCGCGCUCAAGUACAUAGCAAAGGUGUUUCGGCGACUGAAACCGCGAACUCGAAAGCCACCAACGCACGUCAUGACGCGGCAGGGUGACGGGAUUAAUCGGCGCUCGAAAAUCUUUACUGGCCUCCGUCGUCAUAAAAGGUCCACUAGCUUGCCUACACGUGUCCUGCCUUCGAACGUGCUUCUCAAGAUUGCUUCAUAUGCUCAUUAUGUGGAUAUAGUCAAUUUACACACUGCCUACGAUAAGCUAUUCCUCGCUUAUAUCGGGGCUGGAGAUGUGGAGUCGAAGCUUGAGGAGCUUCGAAUGUAUACCUGUUUAUCAGAGGCCAAACAAGAGUGCAGGCUCUGCAGUGCGCAAAUAUGCGAGGUAUGA